AUGGCCUCGCAACCUGCCGUCUCAGCACUAAGUGCCUACCGCCAAAUCCUGCGUGCAGCCCGCAUUGCCUUCCAGAAUGACACUCGCGUCCUCCUCGCAGCCCGUCAAGAAGCCCGCCAAAACUUUGAGAAGCACCGCCGAUUAGGAAUCGAUACUCCCAUGCAGAUCAACCACGCCAUAGAGGUUGCAAGCAUUCUGCGGCAUAACAUAGUGCAGGGUGCCAGGAGUGCGGAGGAUGAGAAUGCGCGGUGGGAACUCCGCAUACACGAUGAGAUCGAGCGUGGUGAUAAUGAUUCUAUCAAGAUUGCUGGGAAGAGCGUCAAGGUCGACAAGCCGUGCUCGUCAGCGUCAUAG